AUGAAUUUCGCCGGAAAAGUUAUCCUUAUCACAGGAGCCAGCAGCGGAAUCGGUGCCGCUACUGCUGUCAAGCUGUCCCAGCUGGGGGCCACACUAGCGCUGACCGGUCGCAAGGUGGACAAUCUGACCAAUGUCGCCAAGGAAUGCUCUGCCGGCUCGGUGCCACCCUUUAUCAUCCCAGGCGAUAUCACCCAACAGGCGGACACGGAAAGAAUUCUAAACGCUACUAUUGAUAAGUUUGGCCGACUGGACGUGUUGGUGAAUAACGCUGGGAUUAUCGAAACAGGAACGAUCGAGAAUACCAGUUUGGAGCAGUUUGAUCGAGUUAUGAAUACCAACAUUCGUUCCAUCUACCAUCUGACAAUGUUGGCAGUCCCACAUCUAAUCAAAUCGCAGGGAAAUGUUGUCAACGUGUCCAGCGUGAACGGAAUCCGAUCUUUCCCGGGAGUGCUAGCUUACAAUAUUUCAAAAAUGGCGGUAGAUCAAUUUACUCGCUGCGUCGCUCUCGAGCUGGCGUCCAAAAAUGUUCGCAUCAACUGUGUCAACCCAGGAGUGACGGUGACGAAUCUACACAAACGCGGCGGCAUGGACGAGGAAACGUAUAAAAAGUUCUUGGAACACUCCAAGAAUACGCAUGCUAUGGGUAGACCGGGACAGGCUACCGAGGUUGCCGAUGCGAUCGCCUUUCUGGCCAGUGAGUCAGCUUCGUUCAUCACUGGAGCUAGCCUGCCGGUGGAUGGCGGCCGUCAUGCGAUGUGCCCGAGAUAAAGAUCGUCGUUUGUGGGUAUGUCAGGGAAUCAAGUGAUGAAAUGGAUUUACUCAAUGACGUUCUUUUCCCAUUAGAGUGAUUGCCAGCCACAAACGGCUGUAUUCGAAUGCAUUUAUAUCUGUUGUAACUUUGAAUAAAUCAAAAUUUAAUUAAA